AUGGCGACUUGGGUGGCCGAAGCUCAAAUUUCGAAGGAUGUGGUAAUAAGGGUACCGCCGGUGAGGUAUUUCAUUCAUGUUGCAAAUGAUCUAACCAACCAAGAUAUGUUUGUGCAUUGUCAGUCCAAGGACGAUGAUUUGAGAAUUCAACAUUUGGUCCAUCGUGGAGAUGAAUUUCGAUGGAACUUUAAGGAGAACUUUUGGAAAACAACUUUGUUUUGGUGCAGAUUGGAGAAGUCAGAUGCAUAUGUCUCUUUUAAUGUCUUUUGGCCUGAGAGUAAGCACCACUGGCUUCGUGAUCGAUGUGGGAGUCAAGGAGUUUGUAUUUGGUCUGCUAAAGAUGAUGGAAUUUACUUGAGAAACCUACCCGCUCAAAAUGAAGAAUUUGUUCACAAAUGGAUCAUUAUUUGA